AUCAAGAACCCCACCCCUCAUUCCUUUCUCCCGCUCCUCAAUGGCUACGCCAAACCCUCUCCUUCCGCCUCUGGCCACCGUUCUCCUCCUCCUUUGCUCUCUCUUCCUCCCGCCGGUGGACUCGAUCUCCGAUCAAGAGCUGGACGCCGCUAUCUUUUCCCUACGGUCACGGGGCUACAACCUAUUCGGCAAUGCCAUCACCGCCUCCGACGUCCGCUUCGACCUCCUCCGCCCCAACUCUUCCUACACCCUCUUUGCCCCCACGGACUCCACCCUCUUCGCCCUUGACAUGGUCUCCUCUGCCGCCGCCUACGUCCGCGCCCUCCGCCACCACAUCGUCCUCCGCCGCCUCCCCCUCCCCGCCCUCCGCGCCCUCCCCCCUGGCUCCCACCUCCCAACCCUCGACCCUCGCCGCAAUAUCGCCAUAUCCCCCCGCCACCAGUCCCCGAACGCCUACUUCGUCACCGCCGACGGCGUCGACGUCGUCCUCCCUGGUAUCUUCUACGGCCAGGACGUCGCCGUUCACGGCCUCGCCGGAAUUCUCCCGCUGUACCGCCACCAGGCCUCCGGCCACCCAGUUCGUCCGCCAAGAUCGUCAGAUCCCCAUCUCCCUCCAUAUCUGUCCGCCGAUCCACCGGAUAAGUGGUCCCCAGCGCCGUCUCCGACAGCUGAUCUCUCCCCGAUGGUGCCGGAGACGCAAACUCCGGCUCCAACGCCAGAUUCCCAUCUCCCUCCGUAUCUGUCCGCCGAUCCAGCGAAUCAGUGGCUCCCGGCCCCGUCUCCGACCGCUGAUCUCUCCCCGAUAGUGCCGGAGACGCGAACUCCGGCUCCAACUCCGGGAUCGAGAUCCACGUUUUCGGUGGCGGUUCCCCCGUCCUAUGUAGACGGAAUACAGCCCCCGAUGGAACCUGGAAUCGCUCCGGACGCGCCUAGCGGGAUAUCUCCGGCGAUCGGGCCUCCAAUUACCACCGAGGUCGUGUCUCCUGGAGUGAAUCCACCGGAACGUAUGCCGAUGAAUUCUCCUGCUGCGAAUCCUACGGAGAUCGUGUCGCCUGGAGAGAAUCCGCUUGAAGUGAUCCCGGUGAGUUCUUCGGUCGCGAGUCCGAUGGCGACGGGUUUUUCCUGGAACGGCGGAGUUCGGCUGAGCUCCGGGAUCGCCGCGUGUGGCGAGGCGGUCGUGGGGGAGAAGGGUUGCGGCCUCGUCGCUGGACACCGUGGCCGUCCACGUCCGCGUCCGCAUGCCAGCGAUGAUGCCCUUUGAUCGAAGAGAUACGAGUGGCUUCAUCUUUUUCUUUUCUUUUCUUUUCCCCAUGACUGCGACCAUACCGAUCUUCACAAAAUCGACCAAACCUUGUAAGCCCGGAUUUGGUUCGAUUUCGUAGGAAUUCUAGGGUACAAUGUCAAUUUUGCCCUUAACAGUGACCGGAAAACCGGUUUCUAUUUUCUUGGUCAUGAUUUGGGGAAGCAUGUCCUUCUUCCGGCAGGGCUUAUAGUUGGAUUGGAGGAUUGGCUUUGUUUUUUUUUUGUUUUUUUUUUUCCUAAAAGAAAUGGAAAUAGAAACCAGCUAGAGAGAAGGAGGAUUAAUAGAUAGAGAGGAGAAUCGCAUUUAAAUUAUUGAAGC